AUGUCAUCGCCGAGUCAAUCAACAGAGUCCAUCAAACGUCGAGUCAAUCAACAGAGUCCAUCAAACGCCGAGUCAAUCAACAGAGUCCAUCAAACGUCGAGUCAAUCAACAGAGUCCAUCAAACGUCGAGUCAAUCAACAGAGUCCAUCAAACGUCGAGUCAAUCAACAGAGUCCAUCAAACGUCGAGUCAAUCAACAGAGUCCAUCAAACGUCGAGUCAAUCAACAGAGUCCAUCAAACGUCGAGUCAAUUAACAGAGUCCAUCAAACGCCGAGUCAAUCAACAGAGUCCAUCAAACGUCGAGUCAAUCAACAGAGUCCAUCAAACGUCGAGUCAAUUAACAGAGUCCAUCAAACGCCGAAUCAAUCAACAGAGUCCAUCAAACGCCGAGUCAAUCAACAGAGUCCAUCAAACGCCGAGUCAAUCAACAGAGUCCAUCAAACGCCAAGUCAAUCAAUAGAGUCCAUCAAACGUCGAGUCAAUCAACAGAGUCCAUCAAACGCCGAGUCAAUCAACAGAGUCCAUCAAACGCCGAGUCAAUCAACAGAGUCCAUCAAACGUCGAGUCAAUCAACAGAGUCCAUCAAACGCCGAGUCAAUCAACAGAGUCCAUCAAACGCCGAGUCAAUCAACAGAGUCCAUCAAACGUCGAGUCAAUCAACAGAGUCCAUCAAACGUCGAGUCAAUCAACAGAGUCCAUCAAACGCCGAGUCAAUCAACAGAGUCCAUCAAACGUCGAGUCAAUCAACAGAGUCCAUCAAACGUCGAGUCAAUCAACAGAGUCCAUCAAACGCCGAGUCAAUCAACAGAGUCCAUCAAACGCCGAGUCAAUCAACAGAGUCCAUCAAACGUCGAGUCAAUCAACAGAGUCCAUCAAACGCCGAGUCAGUCAACAGAGUCCAUCAAACGCCAAGUCAAUCAAUAG